AUGCUACAAACUUCAUGGUUUUCCCCUGAUUUCAAAUUUACCAACAGUAAAAAGUCUGCUUCUUAUGUCCAAGGUGACAUUUCCUAUCCUCAACCAUCUUCUGGGUCCAGUCAGCCUCCUGGAAUUUCUGCUCCAGUUCAUGGAUUUACAAAGGAGCAAUAUCAGCAUCUUCUGACUCUAUUUCAACAAGUUGAGGUCUCUCCUGGUUCUGCUCUACCUAUUCUCCCAGAUGAGGAUUCUGCAUUUGCUCACUUUGCAGGUUUGUUCACUGCCUAUGCUGUAGACUCUGUAGAUUUUCAUGUGUGUGCUUCUUCACAGUCAAAUCCAAACCCUUGGAUCUUGGAUUCAGGGUCCACUAACCACAUGACUCUACACAAACAUUUGCUUCACAAUGUUGUGCCUCUAACCAAACCAUUUCUUGUCACCUUACCUAAUGGAUACAAAGUUAAGCUGAAUUGUAUUGCAGUUCUUAUCAAAUUCCAUUGUUCUCUACAAGGCCCUUCUCUGAAGAGGCCAUUGAUAAUUGGUAAGGCUGCUGGCAGGCUCUAUUAUCUUCAUCCAGAUGGAGAUCUGUUUACCAGCACAACUUCUUCUCUAUCAUCUUUUGUUGAUGCCACUUGCAAUGAGUCUAGUCACUUGGACCCAUCUUCUUUCUCCAAGAGUAAUGCUUUGUCCAUUCUUAUAGCUUUCACUUCCAUGGUGAAAGUUCACUUCAAUUCCUCAAUACACACUUUUAGAUCAGAUAAUGCUUUUGAGCUUGGAAGUAGUUCUGAAGCCAUCAGUUUUUAUGCUUCCCAGGGAAUCUUAAAUCAAAAUUCCAUACCCUAUACUCCACAACAAAAUGCUCCUCCUCAUAUGGCUACUCCCUCUACUAGUUAUUCUGAGUCCUUCCCCACUUCUCAUCUUCUCCCUUCAUCUUCACCUCCUAUUGGUUCCCCUGUUUCUGUUUUUACUUCUCCCACUUCCACCUCAACUACUUCUGAUCCUCAUCUCUUAAGAAAAUCCACUAGAAUUGUCAUUCAACCUUUUCACCUUAAGGAUUAUAUCCGCUCAGCUGUCAUCUCCUCCCCUAAUUCUACAAAAUCUAUGAUUUCCUCUAGUGAAGCUCACAUGCACGAACCUCAGCUCUACCAGCAGGCUGCAACUCAUCUUUCAUGGGAAGAGGCCAUGUUCAAAGAAUUUCAUGCUCUUGAGGAUAAUCAGACUUGGGACAUUGUCCAUCUUCUCUCAAAAAAGAAGACCAUUCCUUACAAAUGGGUUUAUAAGAUUAAGUAG